GACGUCACCAGCAGCUGACGGUUGGUGGUUAAAAACAAGGCUGCGGGGCGAGAUGAGCUGAAAGUUUAGAACUUUCUGGAGUUCAUCUCGGGUCUUGGAAAGUGCGCAGGUUUAAGUCUGCGUUCUUGGAGCGAGUAUUCAGGACAGACUCUGUCUGAUACUUUCCACUGAGAUUAUAAUGAGACCACAGCCUUCCCGUUCACUCCCCAGACUGUAGUUCAGAGAGCCCUGCGGCAGCUCCACGGCGGGGCGGGUUACCGUCUCCCACACAGAUGUCCGCCGGAGUGGAGCCGGAACUCACCAGGCUCGAAGGCGAGGAUGAGGAGGUCGACGUGGAGACCGUGGAGGCGAAACGGAGGCCGAGCCGGAGCCCGAAGUGUGCGCGCUGUCGGAACCACGGCGUGGUGUCCCGGCUGAAGGGCCACAAGCGCCUGUGCCGGUGGCGGGACUGCCGCUGCGCUAACUGCGCGCUGGUGGUGGAGAGGCAGCGGGUGAUGGCGGCGCAGGUGGCCCUGAGGAGGCAGCAGGCGGCCGUGGGUAAGAAGAGUCAGAGGAGUGCGUCUUUUCUCCGUCGCUCAGCGUACCAGUGCUACAGCAGGGCACCAAGUCUUCUGGCAAAGAGCAUUCUGGAGGGCUACAAGCCCCCAGUGCUGGAGGACUGGCCGAAGAGACUCCACUACCCUCCGCUGAGCGUGAGGAUGAGGAAGAGGAGAGCGUUUGCUGAUAAAGAGCUGGAGAGUGUGAUGCUGGAGAGGGAGAUGAGGCAGAGAGAGAUGGAGGAGCUCCCUGAACUCGUCUUCCUUCAGGCCACUGUAUCUCCUGCCCCUUCUCCAUGUUGCUGCUCACUGUCUGACUCCGGCUUGCCCAGCCACUUACCCAUGUACAAAUCCAGUCCACUGCUGUUUGAGUGUGAUCUCCACUGCCAUACACGAGAGUUUAAACUCAGCUCUGUAGAGCAGUGUCAAAGGGGGGACAUUCUCACACAGAGCUGCCUUCUUCAAACAGCCAAAAGCUGGGAAACUUGCAAUGAGAGGGACUCCUGUCUGGAAUCUUUUCUGCUGCCCUCAUUUCAAAGCUCUCAGUAUUACUGUAGCGAAAACUCAGGUGUCAACACAGAACAGACAGUGCCAGAAAAUGUCACUGCUGACUCGUCUAGCAGCGUGCCAAACGGUGUUGCUGCUGACAGACUGGAUAUCGCGUCAAAGCAAGACGGUGCCCUUUCUCUGAUUGAGGCAAAGGUGCUGUCACGGGCUGAGCUGCCAAAUAAACACUCCAGGGCACCAGGGCUUGAAAAUCUCACACAAAAACACUGUGAUAGUAAAACAAACUCCGUUAAAAAUUCCAGUACAAGGCCCUUACCCUUUUCUGUAGAGGCCUUGCUGAUGAGAUGAUGAGGGGUCUUCUCUGUAGAAUCCACUUUUUAUUCAUUUGGAGACUAUGCCACAGAAAAAAAUGUUUCUAUGUCAAAUCAAUUCAUUCUCUAGGAGUUAAAACAGAAUCGAAUAUUUGGACUUGUCUUAUGCUUAUAAUUGUAUGUUUUUUUGAUUCACACAACUGUGUGCUAUAUCAAAUGAAAUAUUUUUUUAGCUUUAUUUAUUUUUAUUGUCCUUUUUUAUUGUGUAUUCCCACAGAAGCCUCUAGUUUUACAUUUAUGCUUUAGUGUUUUCUAAUUGUAUCACAAAUAUGCU